AUGAAGCUUACGGACAAUGUGCUGCGGAGUUUUAGGGUUGCAAAGGUUUUCCGAGAGAAUUCGGACAAAAUCAACUGUUUUGAUUUCAGUUCGAACGGCGAGACUGUAAUUUCCAGUAGCGACGACGACUCCAUUGUAUUAUACGACUGCCAGGAGGGAAAACCAAAGCGAACUCUCUACAGUAAGAAGUAUGGAGUGGACCUUAUUCGGUACACACAUGCGGCCAACACGGUUGUCUACAGUUCGAAUAAAAUUGAUGACACAAUCCGAUACCUGUCUCUCCAUGACAACAAGUACAUCCGGUACUUCCCUGGACACAACAAGAGGGUUGUUGCGCUCUCCAUGUCCCCUGUGGAUGACACCUUCAUCUCUGGGUCUCUGGACAAAACCAUUCGACUCUGGGACUUGCGCUCCCCAAAUUGCCAGGGGCUGAUGCAUUUGCAGGGAAAGCCUGUGUGCUCCUUUGACCCUGAGGGGCUGAUCUUUGCUGCCGGAGUGAAUUCUGAGAUGGUCAAACUGUAUGAUUUGCGGUCCUUUGACAAGGGCCCGUUCGCCACCUUUAAGCUGCAGUAUGACCGUACUUGUGAGUGGACUGGGCUUAAAUUCAGCAACGAUGGGAAGCUGAUUCUCGUCUCCACCAAUGGGGGUGCUCUCCGCCUCCUUGAUGCCUUCAAAGGAGCCAUGCUGCACUCCUUCGGGGGUUACAACAACAGUAAAGGAGUCACUCUAGAGGCCUCCUUCACUCCUGAUUCACAGUUCAUUAUGAUCGGCUCAGAGGAUGGGAAGAUCCAUGUGUGGAAUGCAGAGAGUGGAAUGAAAGUAGCGGUUCUGGAUGGCAAGCACACCGGUCCUGUCACUUGUCUGCAGUUCAACCCAAAAUUCAUGACCUUUGCCAGUGCCUGCUCCAACAUGGCAUUCUGGUUGCCCACUAUUGAUGACUGAAGAGUUGUGCUGGACACCAGAACAUGUCUUGAGAUGGGAACAUCCCUGUGGUGAUCUGUGAAGAACGUUGAGAUACCCUGAUCUACAUUUAAAUGGGGCAGUAUAACCUAUCCUUCCUGCUGUCCAUUUAGAUUUCAGAGGAGGCAGCAGAUACUGGGGUGGUAGUCUGUAAAUAUGGGUGCUACAUGGGUGUUUUUUUUAUUAUUUUUGUUUGUUUUUGUAUUUUUAUUGAUACUGUGUCAGUUAAAAUCUUUAUUUUGGUACUUCAGCCUCAGUGUUCCAUCUGUGGGUUGAACAUGGGUAUGACUGAUACCGUUUGUGGUCCCCAGGACUUUAGACAUAUUCUGGUUUUCGACACGUACACCUAUUCAGCAUAGAGGGGAGAGUGGGGGAAAAGACCGGUCCUCCUUCCUACAGAGACACUUUUACAUUUUAAGAAUUUUAAAAAUUGCUGCUCACUUUUGAACAGCAAAUUAGCAUUUUCUAUUUAUGGAUUUAGUCAGUGUAUGUGAUUAAGGGGUGAAGGUGGUAGAAUUCCACCAAAAUGGCAGUAAAGCAUUGUAAUGUGGAUGUCUUUGGCUAAGCUGCCAGGUGAAAUUCAGAGAUUUGAGAAGGGUUCAGAUGGUGAAUGUAUGAACCAUCAGUGUCAACCUUCCCUUCACCUACUGAAAUGGUGCACACUACUGCGCUUUCUGCAGUUCCAAUAUUUGGGAUUUAAGUCUAGGUCAGGAGGACACAACUGGUUGCCCAUUACUUCCCUGCACUGUGGUAGUGUGAUCCUUGUAAUAUAUCAGAAUGUCAGAUUAUCAGAAUUUAUCAGAACGCACGAUUAACUCAGAAUGCGGAGUUAUAAUUUGUGCUGGCUCAUCUGCAACAAUUCUUAUUUUGUAACAAAAGCCUUCGCAUACGUGUCAGACUUUUUUUGUACCGCGUUAUGUAUGUAUUGUCAAAACAAUAAAAAGCCAUCAUAACGUC